AUGUCUUUAACUGUAACUUAUAAUAGUGGAAUGGUUAAAAAGCCAUUAUACUAAAGAGUACACGAAGUACUUAAUCGCUUAGGUUUAUUUUAUCAAGACAUUUGUGUGGAGGCAAAUAUAAAUGAAGAAAGUUUGAUUUAGUGGGUAAACUAAGACCCUGAAUAUGAUUAUGCCGAAUUAGAGCUUUCUCUUGAGAAAUGGAUAGAUUCAAAGUACUAGCGUUCAUAGAACAAUGAUGAAAAAUAAUAUUAUUAAAUUCGUUCUCAAUAUUUAAAAAGAUUAGAUAUAAAUUAAUAGCUAGCAAACUAAUGGCUAGAGGCACCAAAUAUUGAUAAAAUUCCUUAAAAUGACCAACCAAAUGAGUAUCUAAUACCUAUAAGCAUUGAUAUUGAAUUGGAUGGAUAGACUUUUAAAGAAAAUAUAAUUUGGAAUUAUUAUGAACCAUAUUUUACUCCAGAAAACUUUGCUCAUCACUUAGCAAAAGAAAACAGAUUAAGUCCUAAUAUAGAAUAAGAAGUAGUUAAUGUAAUCCGCAGAGCUCUUUAAAACUAUCGCUUCUACGAUCCUAAGGAAAGAGAGCUCAUCCGUACUAUUGAAUUAAAUAUAUUGAUAGAAAAUGUAUAGCUAAAAGAUAGAUUUGAGUGGGAUAUUAAUGAUUUCACAAAUUCUCCAGAAUAAUUUGCUUUUAAUAUGUGCAAUGAAUUAGGUCUUAGUGGAGAAUUUGCAUAGAGAAUAGCGUAUUAAAUAAGAGAAUAGAUUCUCUCCUUCUAAAAAUAAAUUAUGGAAAGACGUAUAAACUAAACUGCAUCUAAUUUCAAGAAGUCUACUCGUUCUUUAAUUGAAUCCUCUUAAAAUUUCACAAACUUUGACCCCAAAAUUCACAUCUAAGGAAAUACAGUAAUUACAGAAGAAAAUUAUUUACGUCCUGUACUUUAAGAUAAUGAUUAUGAUAGUUUUCAAUGGGAGCCAAAAAUUUCAAUCUUAUAACCAGAUGAUAUUAGAAAGGUAUAGAAAGAAGAAUAGAGAAAGCAACGUCUUAUGCGUAGAACUCGUUGA